GCCUUACAUUACAAAUAUUCAAUUACAUAUAAUAUGAUGGACAUGGAAACAAGUGAGAGACAAAACUCAGUUCUGGAGGAUACAGUCAUGGAAGGAGGGCAUGUCAAUAUUCAGCAUCCUGUAUCUGAACAGCCGACGCAAGUUACUCAACCAAUAGAACACGUUCAACCCACAAUAACAAAUAAUAAAAUGGAUCUUGACAGCCAUAUGACUGUAGCUUCUGAGAAACCACCUACAGGGCCUACAACUAUAGCUAAUCAGGAAGCACACACCGUUCCAGCAUUUACUCCACCGCAGUCAGCCAUAGAGCCAAAACAUUCAUCAGAUCAAGAUUCUUCUAUGGACCAAGUAGAACCGUUAACAGCCACAGAAAAUACGAAUUCCACUGAAGGAAGAAUUGAUGCUGCUUUAGCUGGGAAAGACACAGAGGAUGGUUAUGAAUCAAGUGACCUAGAGUCGAGUGAUAAUGAUGAUGAUGACGAACCGGAUUCAUCAGACUCAGACUCAGAUUCAGAUGUUGAUGUAAGCGCGAGAUAUUCAGCAAUGACGAUCGAAGAGCGAGAGAAGGCAUUGAUUGAAAUCGACGCUAUGGAUGAUGAAGAGGAUGCAGUGCCUGCAGAGGUAUUGCAUACCGCCAAUGAAAUUAUUCAGCUUCCUGUGGUCAAAAAACCUGAUAUUGUUCUAGGGCCGGAUACGACUUUGGAGCCAAUAGGCACUAUAAUGUCCAUUGUAGACAGCGUAUUGGUGGUCCAGGCUGCAUCCAGCGGCGAGGUCCGUGUCUUAGAUGCUGGGACCAUCACUGCAAUUAAGAAGCCGAAGGACGAGUCUGGAAGCGAGGUUCUUGGAGAGAUUUUUGAAACCUUCGGUCCAGUAGCAAGACCGCUAUACUCUAUCCGAUUCAACAAUGCUAGUGAGAUUCCAGCUCUUUGCACCAUAGGCUGUACCGUUUACUCUGUACCAGAAUACAGCUCAUUCGUAUUCACGGAACCGCUCAAGGCAUUAAGAGGAAGCGAUGCCAGCAACAAAUUUGAUGAAGAAGUGGAUGAGGUGGAGUUGGAGUUUUCCGAUGAUGAAAAGGAAAUGGAGCAUAAACGGAUGUUAAAGCAACAGCGUUUUCAGAAGCGGGGAGCAAAGGAGCGGAAAGCCCCUGGCAUGGCCGCCAAUAUCUCUGCUUCAUCGUCGGCCAUGAAUGAUGCACCUAAACUAUCAUCGUCAUCCACUACUCCUUCGGGUCCCUCCAACCGUCGAAAGCCCAUUCCAUUGCCUCGUAAUCCCCGAUAUGAUGAGCCAGAAGAUGGAUAUAAAAUUUUGCAACGUCCAGGAGUUGCUUCGCGCCCUGGUCAUCACACUAAUGCAGGGCCUAAUACAGUUCCAUGGUAUCAGCAGCAACAACGAGAGCUUCAGGACGUGAUGGGCACUUCACAACAUCAAAAUCCAGUUCAAACCCAAAUGUUGAAAGAACAAGAAGCCAUGCUUCAGUUUCAACGACAGCAACAAAUCCAGCAACAACUUUUACUUCAGCAGCAACAACAACAACAACUCUAUCAGCAACAACAACAACAACAGGCCGCUUAUCAACGGCAGAUUCAGGAAGCACAAGCGACCAUCUUGCGCCUUCAACAGCAGCAGCAACAGUUGCAACAACAGCAACAGCAACAGCAACUCCAAGCUCAAGUACAACAACAGCAGCAGCAGCAGCAACAACAACAACAACAACAACAACAACAACAACAACCUAAUGCAGCAAGUGAGCAGCGCCAGCAAAUUAUGAACCUACUCUCACCAUUGUUUUCUCCACAGAGCCAGCACCAGCAACAACAACAACCUCAGUAACCCUGUAAUCCCUUAAUAAAGCAUCUCUUGAAAAAGU